GCAACUAUUUGCCAGGAAAAUACGUUUUGAAUUGACUAAUUCAGGUUACAGCUUAACUUUAACUUUUUCGGAUAGACGCGGCCAUUUCUUCGUUCCGUCUCAAAACAAUGUCCGACUAGAAACAAGUCGCGUGUGGCUUUACCUACAGAAUAACUGAAACACUGUGUAAACAUAACGGAGCUGUUAAAAUUCUGCUCCGUAAAUUGGAUACAAAUCUCGAAAAUCCACACAUUUGCAUAUAUUUUUCGAAAGUAUCAAGGAUAAUCCCACCAAAGACUGUUUCGAACCACUUUGAUACAACUCUGUGGUUGUCUUCAAGCAUGGUGGACGUGCCACUAUCAGUGAAAGCCAUCACUUUGGAUCUGCUAAGAGAUGCCAGAGAGACAGUGAGGACCAGUCCUUUGGGAGUCAUCAACACUCCUAUGAUCCCAUGGUGCCAAACAACACUACCGCUCAACAUCCCCUGUAACAUCCACAUCAAACUGGAGAACAUGCAGAGAACUGGUUCGUUUAAGAUAAGAGGAGUGGCCAACCAGUUUGCCAGGAGACCAAAAGGAGCCCAUUUUGUCACCAUGUCUGCAGGGAACUAUGGGAAGUCUUUUGCGUAUGCCUCUAAACACUACGGCUCCAAGGGGAAAGUGGUGAUGCCAGAGACAGCCCCUGUAUCCAGAUCUACACUCAUACAAAAUUUUGGAUGUGAGGUGGAACGGGUGCCUACAACCUGUCUGAUGAACGUGGUGAAUCGUUGUGUCCAGGAGGAAAACAUGACGUUCCUCCACUCAUAUGACGACCUGGACCUGAUUGCAGGACAUGCCAGUCUAGGUUUUGAAGUACUGGAGGUGAUGCCCCAGCCUGAUGUAGUGGUGGUGUGCUGUGGAGGAGGAGGUCUACUGGCUGGGGUGGCUGCUGCCAUCAAAUUGGCCGGCUGCGAGAAGACAAGGAUCUAUGGGGUAGAGCCAGAAGGAGCCUGCACCAUGUACACAAGUUUCAUCGAGAAGAAGCCUGUAGGCAUGGACACCAAGAGCAUCGCGUCAGGACUGGCUCCACCUUUCGCAGGAACCCUGCCCUACGAGCUGUGCCAGCGCUACGUUGAGGAGAUCGUACUGGUGAGCGAUGAGGAGAUCAAGGCUGCCGUGUCGACCCUGUACAGGGCGGGGCUCCUGGUGGAACCGUCAGGGUCCGCGGCAUUCGCAGCCAUCGCUAACGACAGAAUCCCUGACAUUGCCGGGAGGAACGUGGUGGUCAUCCUCAGUGGAGGAAACAUCGGCAAAGACGAGCUCACUAACUUCCCUGAUUGAAUAUCUAGUUAUUUACUUACUUAGGAAUUGUUCUACUCAUGAAGCAUAGGCCACAAACAACAGUUUUCCAGUGUAUUUAGUCCCGGGUGAUUUGUUCAAGUUCUCCUCAUGCGUUUCCCCAUUGAAUAUUCACAAAGUUAUUAUAACAGUGACUACUACAGAGAAUAAAGAAUGAUUAUUCCAACCA